AAUCUAGUCCUCUUCGGAAAAAAACCUAAAAACCUAAUCCCCAAACCUACCUAAAAAGGCUUUAUCUCCUCUCUUCUUCUUUGUCUUCUUUGCUCUCUCUUUAUUUUAUUUUCUCUCUUCAUUCUUCUUCUUCUUCACAAUGUCUAAUGAAACCAGAGAUCUCUACAACUACCAAUACCCUCCGUCGUUUUCUUUGCACGAAAUGAUGAAUCUGCCUACUUCAAAUCUACCUUCUUAUGGAAACAUCAUCUCAUCGCAAAACAACGGCUUCGAUCCAUCUUCUAACUACUCUUUCACCGAUUGCCUCCAAAGUUCUCCAGCAGCGUAUGAAUCUAUACUUCAGAAAACUUUUGGUCUUUCUCCUUCUUCCUCUGAGGUUUUCAACUCUUCCAUCGAUCAAGAAUCCAACCGAGAUGUUACUAAUGACGUAAUCAAUGGUAGUGGUGCAUGCAACGAGACUACAACUAGGGUAUCUGCAUCUUCUUCCUCUAGUGAGGCUGAUCAUCCCGGCGAAGAUUCCGGUAAGAGCAAUAGAAAACGAGAGUUAGUCGGUGAAGAAGAUCAAAGUUCCAAAAAAGUUGGGAAAACAAAAAAGAACGAGUUGAAGAAACAAAGAGAGCCACGAGUCUCGUUUAUGACUAAAAGUGAAGUUGAUCAUCUUGAAGAUGGUUAUAGAUGGAGAAAAUACGGCCAAAAGGCUGUUAAAAAUAGUCCAUAUCCAAGGAGUUACUAUAGAUGUACAACGCAAAGGUGCAACGUGAAGAAACGAGUGGAGAGAUCUUUCCAAGAUCCAACCGUUGUUAUUACAACUUACGAGGGUCAACACAACCACCCGAUUCCCACUAAUCUCCGGGGAAGUUCUGCCGCGGCUGCUAUGUUCUCGGCAGACCUCAUGACUCCGAGAAGUUUUGCACAUGAUAUGUUUCGGACGGCCGCUUAUGCUAGCGGCGGUCCUGCGGGGGCGGCCUUGGAUUAUGGAUAUGGACAAAAUGGUUAUGGUAAUGUGAAUGCAAACCCUAGUUCACAUCAAGAUCAGUAUCACCAUGGAGGUGAUCAAUAUGAGCUGUUAAGGGAGAUUUUUCCUUCAAUGUUCUUCAAGCAAGAGCCUUGAUGGAUCAUUUUUAAAACUACAUAUAUACACUUAUAUACUACUUAUAUAUAUUGGGAAAGAGAGCGAGAUCGGAGAGAGAUAACAAAACUUAUAUGGAACUUAAGAUCUUAUUUUGUCUCUCUUAUUUGCAUGUGUACAUAUCUUUUCAUGAGAGAAUGAGACAUAAACUUGGGAUUGGAUUUUCAUGUAUCAACCAUAUCUUUCAUGUAUUUGAUGAUGUUGGAUACAUUUUUUUUCGCUUGGACUUUGUAAUUAUAUAUUCCCAUUUUGGGUAGUACUAUUUACGUUAUGAUGAUA